UUCUCUCUCUUCUCUCUCUUCUCUCCCAUAAUUCCAACCAGCGAAAACAGCCACAAGAGUAAGGUUCCAAUGGAAAACACAUGGAAAUUUCUUUUCUCCAAAGUACAAAAAUAAAUAAAAAUAAUAAAAUAAAUUAAAACGUCUAUCUUCGUCUCUGCUAUUCACCUUGCUUCCUACAAUAGCUAGAGAUUCAGCAUCCUUCUAUUAUAUUAUCUCUCUCUCUCUCUUGUAAACAGAGUGAACUACUGGCCAAAAAGUACUGAUAUUUUGUCUUCCAGAGGACAGUGGAUUGCAUGGUGCGAGCGACAUUAUUUUUUUCCAAUUCUGCUGUUGCCUCUGUAGUCCUUUGAAGAUUUGAAUCUCUAUUGUUCGUAAAUAACGAGUCUUUAUCGGAAUUUGGGGAAUUGAAGAUCUGGGUUUUGUAUUGAUUAGAGAUGGGUAGCUCUGGUGAGAAGGUUGUGGCUGUGAUUAUGGUCGGUGGACCAACUAAAGGGACUCGAUUCCGGCCAUUGUCAUUGAAUGUCGCCAAGCCUCUUUUUCCUUUAGCAGGACAACCAAUGGUUCACCAUCCAAUUUCUGCUUGCAAAAGGAUUCCAAACCUAGCACAUAUCUAUCUUGUCGGUUUUUAUGAGGAACGAGAAUUUGCAUUGUAUGUUUCAUCAAUCUCAAAUGAGCUUAAAGUCCCUGUGAGAUAUUUGAGGGAAGACAAGCCACAUGGUUCAGCUGGUGGGCUUUAUAACUUCAGAGAUCUAAUCAUGGAAGACAGUCCGUCUCAUAUCUUCUUGUUGAAUUGUGAUGUUUGCUGCAGUUUUCCUCUCAGAGAAAUGCUUGAGGCUCAUAGAAGAUAUGGUGGGAUGGGAACAAUUCUAGUAAUCAAGGUUUCUGCUGAGUCAGCCAGCCAGUUUGGUGAAUUGGUAGCUGAUCCUGACACCAAAGAAUUGUUGCAUUACACAGAGAAACCAGAAACAUUUGUAAGUGACCUGAUAAAUUGCGGUGUAUAUGUGUUUACACCAGAUAUUUUUACAGCCAUCCAGGGUGUUUCUUCUCAACGGAAAGAUAGAGCUAAUCUUAGACGUCUUUCCAGCUUUGAAGCACUUCAAUCAGCCACAAGUUCAACUUCUUGGUCUCAUACAAAUUUCUUCAACAGAAGCAUUCCCACAGAUUUUGUGAGACUGGAUCAAGAUAUCCUGUCACCGCUUGCAGGCAAAAAGAAGCUCUAUACAUAUGAAACCAUGGAUUUCUGGGAGCAAAUUAAAACUCCUGGAAUGUCUCUAAAAUGUUCUGCUUUGUAUCUUGCUCAAUUCCGAUACAACUCCCCACAUCUUUUGGCUAGUGGAGAUGGCUCAAAGAGUGCUACCAUAAUUGGCGAUGUUUUUAUUCACCCAUCAGCAAAAGUACAUCCAACUGCAAAGAUUGGUCCAAAUGUCUCAAUAUCUGCUAAUGCCCGAAUAGGACCAGGUGCAAGGCUCAUCAGUUGUAUCAUCCUCGAUGAUGUUGAAGUCAUGGAAAAUGCAGUUGUUAUUCAUGCAAUUGUUGGGUGGAAAUCUUCCAUUGGGAGAUGGUCCAGGGUCCAGGCUGCAGGAGAUUUCAAUGCCAAACUUGGGGUUACAAUUCUUGGCGAAGCUGUUAGUGUUGAAGAUGAAGUUGUGGUGGUCAAUAGCAUUGUUCUUCCAAACAAGACACUCAAUGUGAGUGUUCAGGAGGAAAUAAUCUUGUAAUGGACCUGGAUAUAGAUAUCCCACAUCCAUUUUCGGUGUCUCUGUCUCUCUCCCCCUUACACUUGAUGUGCAGUAGCAUAAUCUUUAUGUAUUUACUUUCUUGAUGUAGAAAGCCAACACUUUUGGACUUGUUGCCAACCUGUAAAUUGACAUUCGCAAAUUGUAAUAAGGAUAUUUGAUUAUUUGCUGUUUUCAACAGUGGGAAUUGAGCUAUGAACUGUUAAGACA